CACACAUACUGACUCACACACACACACACACACACACACACACACGCACGCACACACUCACUCACUCGCGCUCUCCAGCACAUCCACACGCGCUGCCACAGCUCUGCGCGAGCACAGCAGUGCGCUUCAACGCUUCUGUGCGCAACGAAAUUCCACUCCUGUCUGGCAGUUUGGACAAAACUUGGUGCCUCCCGAGUAUGACUGAAUGAUUUUGAGCAAGAAGAUAUCUGAACAUUUAAACCAGGAGGGCAGCGUGUUUUAAGCGGACGAUUAAGGGAGAGAUCCUUGCGGAAACCUCUAUCAACCCAUCGGAGACCAAAAGGCAAUGGAGCGCAAUAACGCACGCAAAUCCGUGACGGCUUUAUAACGGAAUACAGUUGAAGACCUCUAAUUUAGUAUUAUUUGAGGAAAAGCCGCUGUUUUAUGACAAAGCAUGACUUUAUGAGUACAUGAAAUAGAUCAUGUUAUGCACAGUUUGCAUUUGCUGUGCGCAAUUGGCUCAACAGAACUGCAUUUGAAUAUGAAAUUCUGAGUACUAUAAAGACAAAAAGGCUUCUUUUCUUUUCUUUUCUUUUUAUUUCUCACUCUGUAUUAUCGGCGUUUGUUCCUUGAAGAAGAUCACUAGUUGAAUGCAGGUCACUUCUUCAAGGCAGCGCAUUUUUGGAAAGAUGGAUUUCUGGAUAUCUCACCAAGGGAUUGCAUUUAUUUUUUGCUUCGUUCUCAAAGUCGGCGCAACAGAAAUUGAGACAUGCGGAGGCCAGCUGGAUGCCAGUAAUGCUGGUUACAUCACAUCUCCAGGAUACCCUCUGGAAUACCCACCCCAUCAGAGCUGCCAGUGGGUGAUCAGCGCACCCGAACCCUCGCAACGCAUCGUGCUAAACUUCAACCCCCACUUUGAGCUGGAACGACUGGAUUGCAGGUAUGACUUCAUAGAGAUCCGAGAUGGGAAUUCUGAGUCCGCGGACCUGCUGGGAAGGCACUGCAGUAACAUUGCUCCUCCUGCCAUAAUUUCCUCGGGUCCCGUCAUCCACAUCAAGUUCGUGUCUGAUUACGCGCACCAGGGUGCCGGCUUCUCCCUGCGCUACGAGAUCUACAAGACUGGAGCUGAACACUGUUUCCGAAAUUUCAGUGCUCCAACCGGAGUGAUUGAGUCUCCUGGUUUCCCUGACAAGUACCCUCAUAAUUUGGAGUGCUCCUUCAUCAUCAUCUCUCCUCCUCAGACGGAGGUCACACUCACCUUCCAGACCUUUGACCUGGAAAACGACCCUUUGCUGAUGGGGGAAGGAGAAUGCAAAUAUGACUGGCUGGAUGUUUGGGACGGCCUGCCACAAGUGGGACCCCUGAUCGGACGAUACUGUGGGACGAAGAUCCCUCCAGAGAUCCAGUCUUCCACAGGCCUUCUGUCGCUUUCCUUCCACACUGACAUGGCCGUGGCCAAAGAUGGUUUCUCUGCCCGCUAUAACAUGACUCGCAAGGAAAUUAGUGACACAUUUCACUGUAGCAAUGCAUUUGGAAUGGAGUCUAGUAAGAUCUCUGAUGAUCAGAUUUCGGCCUCCAGCUCAUUUUAUGAUGGUCGCUGGCAGCCCCGUCAGGCACGUCUGAACAACGAGGACAACGCUUGGACGCCUGGUGAGGACAGCAACAAGGAAUACAUACAGGUGGAUCUUCACUUCCUCAAGGUACUGACCGGGAUCGCUACCCAAGGAGCCAUUUCCAAGGAGACACAUAAGUCCUACUACGUCACCACCUUCAAACUGGAAGUCAGCACUAAUGGAGAGGACUGGAUGAUCUAUCGGCACGGCAAAAACCAUAAGACUUUCCAUGCCAACACUGACCCAUCUGAGGUGGUUUUGAAUCGUAUUCCUCAGCCUGUUCUGGCCCGGUUUGUUCGUAUUCGACCACAGUCAUGGAAUAACGGCAUUGCACUACGCUUUGAGCUUUAUGGCUGCCAAAUUACAGACAAAAUCAUUAAAAAAACAACAACAAAAAAAGAAUAUGGAGCUCAAAUUCAAGAUGCUCCGUGUUCGGAGCUCCAGGGAAUGCUGUCCGGACUCCUCCCUGAUUCCCAGAUCUCAGCCUCCUCGGUGAGGGACCUUCACUGGGCUCCUGGAGCAGCACGUCUGGUGGCCAGCAGAUCAGGUUGGUUUCCCGGCCCUGCCCAGCCUAUAGCUGGAGAAGAAUGGCUCCAAGUGGACCUCGGGACACUCAAGACAGUGCGAGGAGUGAUAACCCAAGGAGCACGGAGCGGGGAAGGAGGAACCAGCUCAGAGAACCGGGCUUUCGUUCGGAAGUACCGUCUAGCACACAGCCUGAAUGGGAAAGACUGGAACUUUGUAAUGGAUAGCAAGACUAGCAUGCCCAAGCUCUUUGAGGGGAACACACACUAUGACACCCCAGAGCUGAGGCGUUUUGAGGAACUGGCUGCACAGUUUAUCCGCAUCUAUCCAGAGCGUUGGUCUCCCGCAGGGAUCGGAAUGAGAAUGGAAGUCCUGGGCUGUAACCUGCCAGAAACCUCCACACCAGCUGUAGAGACAUCCAAACCAACUCAAGCCUCCUCUGUAGAAACCAGAACAACACAGAAACCCAGUCCAGUUACCAAUGCUGCCUUGCCGUCUCACAAAGGACUGUGUGAUUUUGAGCAAGGAUUGUGUGGUUGGACCCUUGACCCGGAUUCUGACCUCAGCUGGGCGCUACACAGCUCCAGCAAAAGCACCGCCUUGGGUCAGAGUCAAGAUCUCUCCAUGGGUUCAAACAGUUUGGGAAACUACUUGUACAUUGAGGCCAGUCCUGAGACGCAAGGCCAGAAAGCCCGGCUGUUCAGUCCCAGUGUGGACCCCGACACCGGACCCCUCUGCCUGAUGUUCUCCUAUCAGCUGGAGGAUCAGGGAACCCUGAGGGUCCUGCUGCAGAACAAACACCAAGAGGAAACCCUGCUCUGGUCCCUCCGUGGAGACCAGGAGCCCAUCUGGAAAGAAGGACGGACCAUCAUACCUCGAUCUCCCAAUGAAUUUCAGGUGGUAAUCGAAGGAUUUUUUGAGGGUACCAAAGGCCACAUCUGGAUCGAUAACAUCCACAUGAGUGUGAACACACCACUGGAGGAGUGUACUCAACUUUUUGCCGCGUUCCCUCCAGACAUAACCGGGGGAGCCCUACCAGGCAAGAGUGAGCCAACAAUAGAUACGCUGUCAGUACCACCCGUUUUGCCCAACUGGUAUUACAUAAUGGCUGGUGGAGGAGCCAUCUUGUUCCUGCUCAUUGUCAUUGUCAUGGCCAUUAGCUGUCGCCAUCUUACGGCCAGGAGGAACCAACCCACAAUGGCCUACUACGGCCCCCACAAUGCACAUUACCCGAAUGGCGGCAUGCACAGGGCUGGGGUGACGCCCAAGUUGACUGUAUGGGUUGAGAAGGGCGAUGGGAAUUCCUACUGGUGAACACCUGGACUAAAGGUUUAGAGGUUUGCCUGCAAAUGCUGACUUCGUGAAGGAAGUCCUUGACAAAUGCAGAUCUCAGACUGAAGAGUUGGAGGAGAACCUCAAAAAACGCUCUCAGAUGCUUGGAUUCGGAUGCAUCCAGAUGAACCCAACACUUCGAUUUUUCUGUUUCCUCGUUCUGUUCGUGUUCUUUUCUUUCUUGGAUACUGACAACCCUGUCUUACUAGUGUGCUCAGCUUGUUUACAACAUCUAGCCAGCUCGUACUCAUCUGGAGGGAACUUCUCCAAGAGCGAAUCUGUAUCCAGCCUCUUGAUGAACGCCAAGCCAAGAGGACCUCAAUCGCUGAUCCUGGCCUGACUUUGAUCCAGUGUGCUGUACUUAUGUUAAAUCAAUGUGAUUGGACAAGGUCAGAACACCGGCGAGUUCAGAGCUGUUGUGGACAUGCCACAAUGUUUGCACUUUGACUAGUCCCUGAGAUUGAUUACGAGUACUUUACCUUAUUAUAGCAGAACAUGGGAAGAGACCUUUGGUGAAAGAGAGAACAUGAAGCUUUCAGAUAAAUUAAAGCAUACGGGCGGAGGCUCCAUUAUUGAGAAUGUGCUUCUUAGCACUUUUUGAAUACAACGCAAGCAUGAUUUAAUUAGUAAUAAGGGAAGGCGAAGUAUUGCUUAAAAGGUUUCUGCAUGUAAACAACUUGAGUUAAGCCUGAUAAAUGGAGAGUCCACCUAAGAUGAUAUAAACAUAUGCUGUCAUGAUGAACACUGCCUUUAAAGUCAACAUGAAAUCGAAAUUGAGUAGCUUAAUACAUCUUCUUGGACUUAUUGUGAAAAAUUGAUCAAUGCAUUGUUAUUGCAAAGAGAAAAAUGUUUGUGUAAUGAGUUUCCUUUUUCCACUGAUGUCGCUUAGAUCAUGCAAAUGAUUGGUUAAUGUUAUUGCUACCACUUGUUUUAAGCUGCGGUUGUAGGUAAUGCAGCCUUUCUAAAACCUUGCCAAUAUUUACCACAAUAGAUUAACGGCGGUUGUCGAUAACGUAAUAAAGAGUGCUUCAGUAAUUGCAAACAAAAAUAGAUUUGACUAGUAAACACUGACACUGAGUUUCCCAAUUAAAAAGCCUCGCCAAAAGUGGCAGGAAGAAUGUGCAAUUCUCUAUCGUUCUAUGAAACACCAACUUUUCACCAUCCAAUCAAUUCUCACUGAAUAAGAGCAUCUAACAGUUUUUCAUUAUGGAACUACAAUGCAUUGCAAAUGUUCUUUCAUGUUGACUUUAAACAUUUUAUUAGGCAUGGUUUUAUAUCAACGAUGUGCUCAACUUAAAUGAAGGGAUGGCGCCACCAAUGAGAUAAGAGAAUUAUGGGAAAGAGGGAUUAAGCAAGGGAGUCUUCAUGUUUUGUGUUUGUUUCUGUGUUCUCUGUGGCAGUAUCUAGGCUAUUCCUUUCUAUCUCGCAUUUCUCACAUUUUUUUCCCAAAGAUCACCCAAAACUGUGUUGGCGUGUGUUAUUCUGAGCAAACGCUUGCUGGUGUGGAGGCUCCAAAAACAAGUCCCAUAAACAAAGACAGCUGUUUCCUUUCUCCGUCUCCAUGCUAUGAGGAAGCACUGAGCGCUGGGGUGGAAGAGAACUUGUGCAGAUAUCAACACCUGGUAGCAAUUUUGGUUCACUGAAGCAUCGUGAAGCUUCAGGAGUGAUUAGCAGUGAAUGCUGUCCAAGAUUGCCAUAUGCAUUUUCAUAGCCAUGUUGAAUCAUUUACUGAAUUGAGUUGUCAUUCGGUUUUAUAGGUUAUAUUAAUCAGUUCUGUAUUAGGACAGGGGGGAGUGUCACGAACAUACGGUGGCAGUACCAUUUGAUUAUCAUAAAUGCUACUCCAAGGUAUUACCGGUAAGAUGUAACCGUUUUAAAGGAAUAGGUCUCCCCAAAAUGAAAACUUACUCAGACUGUUAUGGCUUCCUUUCUUCUGUGUAAGACAAAAGGAAAUGUUUUCAAAAAUGUUCAUGCUGAACCUUUAUGUAAGUGAAAAUUACCUCACCAAAUACGGUAUCAUAAAUGUAAUUUGUAUAGAACCAUAGAAUAGAUUUAUGUGAGCAAAAAUAAAGUCAUUAUUUGCUCAAAUCUCAUUUGCAUUAGCGUAUAAUCAAAUAAGGUGGCAAAUUUGACAUUAGUGACAGCAAAAGGCAUUGGUUUGGCCUUUACACUGUUCAUCCCCUUUUGUGUUUUCAUUUUAUAGAAAAAGUGUAAACAUUUCCUUUUGUCUUUCAUAUUUCAAAGAAAGGCAUGCAGGUUUGGAACGACUUGAGUAAAUGAUGACCGAAUUAUCGUUUUCACGUAAACUGUGCCUUUAAGAACAUUCAGCGGAUCUAGAAAAAGCAUUUCAAAAGGUCUUCAUGUCGAUAUAAGAAGUAUAGAGCUGUUCAAAAUGGAAAUAAAAAGAUAAAGACCCUUGGCUCCUGAGGGGCUUUUUAAUGCCAUUUCCUGCUGUGAGGUGGUAAGAGAUGUUUUGGCACCGUCAUGCAAUGUGCUUUUAAAGCAGCCACUUUAUCGCUCUUUUCUUCCCUAAACCGUGUCCCCCCUUCUUUCUUCACUCUUAAUAUUUUUUAAUUAGUUAAUGGACCAGAUACCAUUUAUUAAAGCUGCUAAAGGCGUUCCGUCUCCCGCCCCGUGUCUCUCGUCGACUCGGGAAACCACAUUAAUGAGUGCGAGCGCUCUCUCGAGAACGCCGUCAACACGUCACCCAGCGAGGCGUGAUGCCAAACAGCCAUUCUUCUCGGGCUCUUAAAUGCAUCGCGUAUACUGAACCGCGAAGCUUCUAAUAAAGCAAAACAGUCUAUUUUUCAAAGAGCGGAGGAUUGAGGUUGAUGUUCACACCCCUGGCUGAUGUCUGCUCGGAUCCGAAUGACUCAUGCUAACUGUACUUUUGGACACGGGCAUCUCAGGGGCUGUCGAACAGUCGACAGCAUUCUCCUCAGAGGUGGGGAGUUGGGUAGAAUAGAUCGCUCACAAUGGAUCCAGUCAGGCUACCGCCUUCACAUCCGUGGUGCGCUAGCUCUCACAUUGAUUUCUCUGCUUUUAGACACAACGGGCUCUGACUCGGACAUUUUUGGAACAAAGCGACCUGAUCCAUAAAGCCAUUUGAAAGUUAUGGGCCUUUUAUUGCACUGCAAAGCUAACUUAGGUGGUGGUGGUGAUGCUUCUGAUACAGACUAUGAAUUUAAUCAUAAUAAUGAGGAUGAUGAUGAUAAUGCACUUUGCUUUAUGAAAGUACCUUCUUACUGUGGUCAGCCUAUACCUCAACUUUGAAAUUAGUCAAUUGUUUAAAAUGCGAAUGUGAACAGAAUAUUUUUGCUUGAUGAAUUUGUGUCUUGAAAACCUGCUUUUAAAAUGUGACAAUAAAAUCUUAUUUUUCUAAUCCUCACUUCUUUUUAUAUCUAUUUAUAUCAGAGCAGUAACAAUAGACACUGGCCUAUUUUUGCUGCUAUAUUUGUGUGUUCCCUUAAUGUUUAAAUGCUGGUGUGCUUCAAUUAGUAAUUAUGCAGGUCACAUGAUGUUAUUCUCUGUACUCUGUAAUCAUGUUACGUAUCUUGCGACCCUUUAAUAAUUUAUUACUUAGCCUCAAGUCUCAAAAUAUACUUAUUUAGAUCUCUGUCAAUCCAAGUACAUGAAUGCAAACACUUAGAGCUGCACAAACUCUGUUUUACAAGUUAUUGUAUUAUAGCUGGUAUUACUGUAAAUUAGCAAGUUUGUUGAAGUUAGUUACUGUGUAUUGUUGACAUGUUUAUAGCUAGUUAUCUGAAUUCUGAAUAAUCAAAUGUUAUGAUGUGAAGAUAACUCUAAUGCCCUAUUGUAUCCUGAAGUUUGUUAAUUCAAGAAUGCACACUUAUAUUCAUUAAUACAUGUAUCAUUAUAAAUAAUUUUGAGCACUUUUUGACCACAAAACACAUUCUUUUGUGUCAUAUUAUAUAUUUCA